CCAUUGGGCCGUCAGUGUUGCUCCGGCAGUCGCGGUAUAAAGACGUGUUACGCAACGCAUCAACAAUUCGCCGCGAAAAUCCGGGGUUCCGUAGUUUUCCCGUGUUACCAGUGUUUACAUUCGCAUUUCGGACGCUACCUCGGUGUUUACCAGUACAAUCGUCGAUUAACUGAUGACAAAUCAUAUCGAUUAGACGAAAGUGUUAGUAUCUCGAAUGUGACGGAAGCCGAGUCACUGGCCUCACGUAAAUUCAAGAAUUUUUUUCAACUCACUCCCGAUUUAUCUAGUUCUUUUCGUCAACGACGCGCACUCUGCAUUGGCCAUUUUUUUUUUCAACUGUCCUCUACUGUGAAUGCACACGCAUAUCGUCACAUUCUCAAGUAAUUGUAUAGAAGUGUAAUCGUGGGAAGGUGGGGGAUUCCACUUCCGUUUUUGGUGUUCGUGAAUUGUGCUAGUGUUUGUGAUUUUUUUUUCUCCUUCAUUUAUUAAUUUUUUUUUGUCCUGUGCACUGGUGAAAUUAUCGCCCUCUCUACAGUCGCUAGUAUUUUGGAUGAGUCACGUGGCUACGUGCACAGCGGUGACAGGUUGAAGUCACCCGGGGGACAAUCGUGAUUCCGGUGGUAACGAAGAUGGCCAUUAAAAUAAUUAAAAAAUUGGGGUGAUGUACACGCAAUGGAUGGUCCUGAAUGCACCGUCGGCGAUCGUGGGGCCGACGAAUCAAUGGGGACUGCCGAUUGUCAACCAAGUCUGACGGCACCGAGUGAACAUAAUCCUUUGGCGAUUGGUGAAAGCGACAAUGAUCAUCAGCGAUGUAAAUCGAAUCACUCCACCUCAUUACGGACAUCAAAAAAGCCGGAUCCGUACAGAGAACUGGAGCUGUAUCUUGCCCGAGUCAUUGAGGAAAUAGACGAUAUCAUUAUCACCACUCCGCCAUUGCCUUCUGAAAAUGACCCCUCGACACUUGAAAGGCCUAUCAACUCCGUCUGUCAUUCCGACGCACCAAUGGUCCAUGCUCCACCAGACUCAACAGCCAAUCUUCUCCACAACUCUGUGAAUUCCUCAUCACCCCCUACCAUAAAAGUUACCAACCGACCUAAUUUCUCAUCUUCAAGCACAUUCCCCUCGAUUAAAUUCACCGCAAUACUCCCUCCACCAAAGCAGCCACCUGCCACUGAGCCCCCAGUCAUUCGAUAUCAAGAUUUGCUGGAUGAAUUUGGUAUAUCUGAUAAAAAAAAAACAUCUCAAAAGCCACCUACCGUCAAUACCUUAGGGAAUGUAAUUCCCAUUAUCGAAGAAUCGACCGAAAACUUAUUGAACACUGAUUAUGCAGUGCCCCGAGAUACAAUUUAUAUCGCUGGUGAAUCUCGACGGAGAAGUGGCAGUCUUCCCGUCAAUCUAAAUGACACCAUAAACAAACAAUACGAUGGAACAAGCUCUGAUUAUGAGGAGCCAUUUUACAAUGAUUCACCAACAGAAUUAAAAAUUCUGGAGAAUCGAAAUAGUUCUAGUCUACCAAAUAACCUCGAGUGCUCAUCACAAAGACAAGAUAAUAACUGUAAUUAUUACACGGUGAUUAAGAACCAAGCAGAACCAAAGAAACCAGUAGACUUAAGUUUGAAAUUUAAUUGCGAUGAACUCGGUCAGUCAAAUGCUAGAUUACCACCGAGACAGUCAUCCGAUAAUCGAGAGAGAAGAAAGAACAUUUCUCUUAGUCCAAUGAGCUUUAGAAAAAGGAGUGCAAAACUGCAAAGGAUUGGAAUCAUUCCUGGAGGAGUUCAAUCAACGAAUGGGCAUUCGAAUAAUUCAACGAGUAACGAAAAUAAUUUGAUGAUUUUCACCAAUACUACUAGAUCAGCACCCGUCACUCCCACUGAGGAUAAGCGAUUUUUGUCAAAAUUUUUGCCGAAAAAUCACAGUCCUCUCUACGAUGAUGCUCGACAAAAGGUAGCGCUCAUUAGAGUUUCAUCUCUCCCAGACCAGACCUUUGAUACGUCGAGAGAACCAGCGAGCAGCGAACGAAAACAUUCUGUCCCAACUGUCUCCUUGGGGAAGAAGAGAUCGGUCUCACCUGUUACCUUGAGGUGUGAUAUCAUCGCCAACCGUCUAUCUGAGUCAGAUAAAAUUAUUGGAAAUAUGCAUUGGAAUAGAGAAAUAAUUAAUCCAUUUGGAGGUGGAGAAAACCAAGGGAUUAAUGGUGGUGCAUGCUGCAAUGUACAAUUCAAUCCUGAUAAGAAAGAAAUUGAUGAUAAGGAUGAGGAUGCAGGCGAGAGUGGAGGGAAUGGUGGCUCCGCCGCGCUCACUGUGUCAUUGACAACAUUAUUGUCAAGGCUUCGAAGUGGUACAGGGUCCUGGUGCCCGGCUAGUCCACCAGCCGAGUCCUUCAUUUGCUCUGAUAUGGCAACUCAGACGUCGCCUGCAAUCUCACGGAGUUCGAGCUUUACGUGGGUCAGCGACUGCGAGUCUCCCCGAGAAUCUCGUCUGGACAUUCGUUCUCUGCAAGACGAAAGUGUGCUCGACCCUUCAGCUCAGGACACUGUCGAUGACGACAACCGAUCCUCUUCUUCGUCUCAAGAUUUGCUCCAAAGUAUGGAUGAAAUAUCCUCCGGAAGUAUGUCUCCGGAUACCACCGAUGGUGCAUCCCCAUUGGAGAGUGGAAUUGGAACGGCCAGUCCACCUAGGAGUACAGAUCGACGAAUAAUCAACCCGUCGACUAGCAACAAAUGUCACAGAAAGGAGACAUGGGAGAAAAUACGAAGAAGGCCAUCGAAACUAAGUUCACGAUAUGAUAAAUCACGUUCAGUUGAUGUGUGGGUGAAGAGGGAGAGCGUUCACACGCAGACCAGCGAAAAUAUCGAUCAAGCUUUCCAGGAGAAUAAUGACAGCAGCAGUCAGGAUGAUACCUUACCCAGAACUAAAUCAUCCAGAUCGACUAACCUGCCCCUUGGUCUAACAAUGACGACCAGUAGCUCUCUAAGUUCUGGGGAGAUGCUUGAACCUUUGCCGCGUGUAGUGUCUUCAUCCUCUGCUGGAAGCUUACAAUUGAAACACGAGUCACUCACUGUGGAAUUGAGUGGAAAGAGCAACAGUGCACCAUUGUUGGAGAAUAACGACAGAGGCGAGAGAACCGAGCCAAAACAGCACAUCCAGUAUGUACGAUCGCAGUCCGAGUGCUACUUAUCGGAAAUUGAGGCGCAAGAAGCUUGCAAAUGGCUACGGGCUGCGGGAUUUCCACAGUAUGCCCAGAUGUACGAGGAUUGUCAAUUUCCAAUUGAAGUAUCAGGAGUGGCCAAAGACCAUCCAUUCCUCGAAGCUGAUUCACUUCAAAGUCUCUACCGUAGACUCCACGCACUCAAUCGUUGCGCAAACAUGAAGUUAGAUACUCAUCACACCCACCAUCAUCAUAACACGAGCCACAGCAAGAGCUCCAACCAAGGUGGUGAUGACUCUGACGAAGACACCCAAUGCGCCCUGAGCGAGAAUUGGACAUUCGAGAAGAAGACUCGUCGUUGGUCUCGAGUCUGUGACGUCACUCAGGCAAAUCUGGAACGUCUUCAAGCGAUUGCAGGUCAGAUUCCCUCCGAAGAAGAUUCCCUUGAGGACCGUCUCGAAGCCGAGGAAGCCUCUGACACAAUGAUCGACAACCGUUUUGCUACCUCUCCGCAUCCACUCCCGGACGAGAUGUCACCAAAAUUCCGUAGAACCGGUUCCGAGCGUCUUCGCGACGGUGCCAAAGCUUUUCUCCGUCGUGUGGAAUCCCUUAAAUCUCGUCGUCGAAAGCGCCAGAAUCGCGAGGGUGUCGUAAUAAGCGGUCCCCAAGUUCUGGACAUGAUGUCAAUGCAACAAAAAAUGAAGGACCUGAACUGCGUGGACGUUUCACCCACUGGUAUAUCCCCAAUGACCUUCGAUCUCCUCCCUCCGUCACCCCUGAAUCGACCUAUAUCACCAUUGACACUUCCCCCAUCACCGUAUCACCUGCCUGUUCAAGCAAAUCUGCCGUUAACUAGUCCCUUCGGUGACGACUCCUCCAGCUAUUGCUCUGAUGGCUCCCAAGGUGGUGGUCCUGUCCCUACACCCCCACGCAACAAAAUGAACAAAGCAAGGAAGUUUCUCUAUCGUAAUCGUGAAGACCAGGGGGCUUUGAGUGACUCAGAGUGUCAGCCAUCAAGCUGGAGGCACAGAUACUUGAAAGACGCCAACAGUAAUCACACCAAGAUCUUCGAAUAUGUGAAUAUACACCCCCAGAACGAGCACCAGAAUCAGAGUUUGAGUCCAAAGCCGGAGAAAAAGUCGAAGGAAAUCAAUACCCGAGGAGGAAGUCUCAACCUCGGUAAAGACUCACAGAGGUAUCGAGAAAAAUUAUCUAAAGAUGACAAGUCAUCAAAACGAGAGGAGAAACUGCACAAGAGCUUUAGACAUGUUCGUGAUGACUCCUACAAGGAGUGUAAACAAUUGGCGAAGGAGGUGACAGUGACAGUUUAUCGGGAGAAAUCGAGAUCAAGGAGUUCUGAGCUGGCGAGCCAAGAGAGCAGUUCCACGAUGGCCAGCAGAGAUUCGGAUCAAGAAGAAGAGUCACCGAGACUCAAGAGUAGUGUUGUGAGGUGGCACAGCUUCCAGAGAGGAUCUCUUUACCCUGAACCACUGGAUCCACUCUGCCAGAGGGCAAUGGCGUCAAUGUCUUGUGGACAACUUCUGGUACUGAGGAAGCUCGCUCUGUUGAAGUUGACAGCUUGCAUGGAGCGCUAUUGUCCGACUCAUCGCACCGGCUGGAACUGGGAGUUGCCGAAGUUCAUCCGGAAGAUCAAAUCACCGGACUAUAAGGACAAAACUGUGUUCGGGGUUCCAUUGCUGCUUUCACUUCAGAGAACUGGUCAGGCCCUGCCUAAGUGCAUGCAGAUUGCGUUGAGGUGGUUGAGAGCCAAUGCUUUGGAUCAAAUUGGAAUAUUCAGGAAGAGUGGCGUUAGGUCGAGGAUUCAGAAGCUCAAGGCGAUGACAGAGAUUCAAGGGGAUAAUAUCAAUUUUGAUGGACAACAGGCUUUCGAUGUUGCUGAUCUGGUCAAGCAGUAUUUCCGAGAAUUGCCUGAGGCAUUGCUGACUAAUAAGUUGUCCGAGACUUUCAUUGCCAUUUUUCAACAUGUCCCGGUGGAGCUGAGACCCGAUGCUGUUCAAUGCGUCUUACUGUUGUUGCCCGAUGAGCACAGGGAGGCACUGGAAACACUUCUGGAUUUUCUUAAUCACGUUGCAAGCAACUCUCCCUAUAAUCAGAUGACCGCGUCCAAUCUAGCGGUCUGUUUGGCACCUAGCCUGUUCCACUUUAACCACACAAAUUCGAAUGUUGCCAAUCGAUCGAGCAGUGUUUCACCAAGGCGGAGGAAGACUGUGGGCAUUCCGGAUCAGAGAGAGCUGUCGGAGAAUAAAGCCGCUCAUGAUUGCUUGUUGUAUUUAAUCAAACUUCACCGUGAACUGUUUAUGGUUUCAUCGGAUAUGUUGACGCAGUGUCACUUUAAUUAUAUGGAGGAGAGUGUUCCUGUUGCUCUCGAGGAGUUGGGAUCCGAGAUGAAGCAGGACUGGAGAGGAUACAUGUAUGCCUGUACUACAGCUUUAUUGAAGGAAGCACGUGAGAAAAGUCGCGGAUGGGUGACGGUGAACAACCCGGCGGACACCAGUAUCGAGAUGGCGUAUAAAAAAGUGGGUGACGGUCACCCCCUGCGUCUUUGGCGUGUAACAACCGAUGUCGAAGCCCCACCGAACGAGCUCCUGCAUCGUGUCCUCCGGGAGCGUCACAUCUGGGAUCCACAGCUCCUGAAGUACCGGCUGGUGAAGAAACUCGAUUCUGAUGCGGAAAUUUUUCAAUAUGCAACAGGCAACAUGAGCCCCUUACCAGCUCGUGACUAUUGCGUCCUACGUACCUGGCGCACUGACCUGCCCAAGGAUGCGUGUGUAAUCGUAGAGACAUCAGUGGAGCAUCCAGACGCACCAGUUUUGCUUGGUGGAACACGCGGUAUCGUUCUCGCUUCGCGUUAUCUCAUUGAAAAAUGCGGAAGUGGAAAAUCAAGGAUUAUGCAUCUGUCUCGUGUGGAUACCAAAGGCAGAACACCAGAAUGGUAUAACAAGAGUUAUGGACAUAUUACUGCACUUCACUUGAGCAAAAUACGUAAUUCAUUCAAACAUACGGCGGAUGGACCUGAGAGCAAAGUCUGAGACAGGAGUACCGUACAAUGCACGUCAUUGUACGGUUCGCAAAAUUUUGAUAAAGAGUCGAUUACGUCAUCGGAGAGAUCGUCCGAUCAGUCGUCAGUGGAAAUGGAUUUGUUAACGGUACCGUUGUUCAUCGAUGAGUGAUGAGGUAUCAAUCAAAAUUAUGGUGGAGAGGGGGGGGGGAGAUAUAUGGACAGAAAAGUCGAUGAUUUUUUGGAGGAAAUUGCGGCAAAUAUUCUCGGUCUUGGGGCGCGAGCACUAGAAUUUUUCCUCGACUUUUCUCUUCGUGCGUACGUUGAAUUUGGAAAUUGCUGCAGAUCGAUGGUUCUGGGGAUGAAAUACUGGAAUUGAGGAAUUGAUGUCGUCGAGGCUGAUGGAAUGAAUUUGAUUUUUUUCGCCAUUGCAUUUAUCUUAGAUGUGAGCGAUGAUCUAAAAAUUCACCAUUAAAAUUACCUUUCGAUUCUCUCUGAAAUUACUCAGUAGUAGAAUAAUUCCGUCAUUGUGGUAAUGUGAUAGAUAGAUUUGAAUCUACUAUUUCCAGUAAAAAAGUACUGGAUAUUUGGAAAUUAAAUGUCGAAAUAGAGUGUCUCUCCGAUUUUUAUAUUUUCGUUGGAAAUCAUUCUCACUUAUUUUUACAUAGUUCAUAAUUUUUUGCACUCACAUAAAAAUUAUCAUUAGGUAUUUACGGAACUUUAAACAUUAGAAUACAGAACAAAAUAUGAUGGAAAUAUACCCUUUCCAUCAUUUAUUAAAAUCCAAUGAUUUAUCGUGUUACUCAACUAAUAAUUGACAGUACUAAGAUUCAAAAAUCCAUGAAACUCCAAUUACUGAACGAAUGAACAAUAGGUUAGAUUAAAUAUCAAAAUACCGCGUGAAUAUCUCUUAUAUUGCCUUCCCGGACCAAAUACAUUUUUUUAAAUGAUAAUUAUAUUAAAUAAUUUUCUUCAGAAUUAAGAUUAUUAUUAACGGAACUGCGAGUGUAUAGAAGAGCUGAGUGUGAAUGUAUGCCUGGAACAAUUAAUUAUAAAAUCAUCGAGUCACUAACCGACUCGAGGUGCAUUGCAUUAAUUCGAGGUACCUGGAAAAUAUUUAUGGGACCAUGUGGUUUUUUUUAUCAAGUCCCAAUACAAUAAGAAAGAUUAAUGAGCAGAUAAAAUGCCUUGCGCAUAAUAAUCGUGUGACAGAUAUCUCUAAAUGUAUUUCAAUCAUAAUACUAGUCACUUACAUGACUUGAGCGCAUAAGAGUUGACAAGAGUUUUUUUUUCCUUGAAAAAUCUGUAGUUUAUCAUACUAUAGUGAUUCAACGUCAUAUGUUAUAUGAGAUGUCAGAAAAUGAGGAGGGGGAGAAGGGGAGAAAAAUUAUAUUGAUCAUAUAGUAUAUAUGAAUGUUAUGAAGAAAAUGAUAUUUUUGUGUCAAAUGCCAGUAGAAACAUCCAGAUAUAAACAUGAAGAUUUAAAAAAAUAAAGUGAAACAGAUGUGUAUCUAUGUUUUUGAAGUAUGAUCAUCUAUAUUCUUAUAAUAAAUGUUCCAUGAGAUGUAAAUAUGUAUAUUAUUUUAUUGUGAAUGACAAAUAUAUUCAUUAAACAAGUUAA